GAGAGGGGCCAUGCUCUUGAGCAGUAGUCAGUUUUGUUCUCACACAUGGAACAAGUCUUCACCUGGGAGGGAACAGGGGAUGAAUAACAGAUCACCUCCAUAUAUCCCUGUUUUGUGCCAACAAGACAUGCAGGAGGCUGAGAUGGCAAGGAGGCAACAGGAGAAGGAAACAAAGGARAGACUGAAAGAGAUAGAGAAUUUCAGGGUACAAGAGGAUAAGACAAAGGCAGAAAAAUAUGAAAGAAAAACAGGACAGAAGACAUGGGGGAACACAGAUAUGGAGAGUGUGCAACAGGACAAAGAGAGGGUCCAGAGAAAGUUGGAGCCUGCUGUCCCUGUGCUAAAAGUCAGGRUCAUUGAGUGCAAGCCCAGGCUGAAACCAGACCUGACACCUGAGAAUGGACUCGAGCCCAAGGCUGACCCAGCACCCAGGCCCAGGGCUGAGAAGGCAGACAUGGAGCUGCAGGACAUUGAGGAUGAGGAGUGUGAGGAUGAAGAGUUGGCUCUCAUGGGCAACAAUAAGAUUAUGUGUUCCUCAGAUCUGGAAGAAGCCCAGCAUGAGCUUCAAAAGGAGGCUAAGGAGGCCAGGCAUAGAGGACAGGCCGAAGCCAUCGAGAAAUGUUACAGACACAAUGAUGAGGAAAUAUUAUCAGGCUCUAGUAAUAUUAGUAAAGAAGACAGCGCACCACCUAUGAAUGUUGCCAAUAGUAUGACUAAUGGAGAUAUGGAGGGARGAACCUGUUCCUCAAACAGUAAUGAGGCAGACGAGAGAACUACCAAAGUGGACAGCGUGACUGGGAAAGUGAUUGGCUGGGUGAACAAAAAAGUCAAAGAGAGAAACGAGAGAAAGAUUGCAAGAACAUACUGGAGGGAGGAGACUCAAAGUGAUCAGUUGCACAUAAACGGUGCAGUGAUUUGCAGCCGUGCCCAGCGAGAGAGAGAAAAGAGGGCAAAACUCCUCAAAGGUGAGCAAACCAGACGGAGGCUAGAAAGACGCUGGCAAGAGUGGGAGAAGAGAGACAGAAGAAAGAACACGCUGAAGAGGGUACAGAGAAAUGGGCUCUGGUACAGGGAGUUGGAGGACAAGAACAGCACCCAGGGUAGUCAUGAGGACAAUUCACUGCCUGAUGAAGCAGAUGAGGCUGACGGUGAUGAAGAGGUGGAAUACCUUUUAAUGUAUGGGCCCUGCGACUGCGAACUCUGCAGGGACGGAUACAAAUGUCUCUGGUACAGUUAUGACAAGGAGGAGACAGACCCCAAGGAGGCUAGGAGCAAGAGGAGGAGGAUAAUCAAUUGGAUCAAUACAAGAGUCAAAGAAGAUUAUCGCAAGAGAAUCAACACAACCUUUAACAUCCAGAGUUUAGUAUGCAAUGAUUAUGCCAUUUACGGAAACGCCAUACUUCGCCAAUGGGACCUACAGAAGAUCAUAAGGCGGGAACUCGUAAAAAAGGAGGAGAGAAGACAAAGGCUGGAGAAGCGCUGGAAGGAGUGGGAGAAAGCGAGGGCUCAGAAGAUAAAAACUAUUCUUCAGGAGAAGAAGGCAAAGGAACAGGCCACGCUCAAUAGGCUGAUAGACCUGAAUCUAGAGGCAGACCAGAAGAUCAAGGAGUUCAUUGCUGCCAAUCCAGGAAUCCAGUCCCAGUAUCCUGGAGGUCAUACCAGAGUGGAGAUGAUGGGACGUUGGGAUAUGGGCUACCAGAGGGAGGAGACUCAGGGCCAGGAGGGCAGAGUAGGGCCUGCUACUGUACAGAAGUCCACUGCACCUCUGCGGACCAAGAAAAUAACCAAAUGGCAAAAGUUGCAAAAAUGGUAAAGAAUAGAGCUAGAGGGGAGCUGAAUAUGAGCUGAACUACUGGUGACAACAGUAAUUUAUGUGAAUUUCCCAAUAGCAAAAAUGUAAUGGUGGAAUAAUGUUCACAUUACCAAGAUGCUAAUUUAUCUCAUCAUUUUUGCAGGUUUUACAUGAUCCAACGGUGAAAAGUCCAGCCCCAGAAUGAUCAUAUGAAAGUUAUAUCCUAAUAAAUAUUUUGGAAGUAAAAUGAAAAUUCAAACGGAAUCAAUUAUAUACUGAUGCUAUCAUAUACUAUUCCCUCAUAAUAUGGUACAUUGUUAUUUCAAAACCAGACACUUAAAAAAAAUGACAUAGUUCAUUUUGUUGCAUAUAUUUCAAAAUGUAAUUUAAUGAAACAAAAUGAAAAUAAUGUUCUAGAUUUUUUGUGAAUUAACACUGGUAACCAAAGCAGGCAAGCUGAGAUGUGUCCAAGAUGGCCAUCCCAAGGCAUAGCGGUGAACAAUAUUUUCAGAAUUAUGAGAAAAAAGUUCCAAAAUGCUAAAUACAAAAUAGCUAAUUUUAAAAGAAUAGCAAAAUGAUUCCGUCAAGGGCAAUAGAGUAUUCGUCCUAACAAAGAUGUCUACAUAUAUUUCAGGAUGUUGUGUAUCCCUGGAAAUGUUCUUCAUGUAAACAUUAGUUUUGAAAACAUAGCUUCUUUCUCCCAAAAAAGUAGUAUCUUGUCACCACUUACCAUGGGUAUUUCUGUAUUGGAUGAAAUAUUACCACUACCUUUUUAAAACCAUGUCUAUCUUUAUUUCCCAAACACAAUUCAACAAUCACUUUGUAUUUWAAUUAUUUUAGGCAUAUUUUUAACACAGGCUUAACACCUAACAAACACUUAGU